UUUACAACACAACAGGUUGACAUUGAAAUGAAAUAUAAAAUUUCAAAUAUUUAAUCGGCAAACUAAUGUUCUAAAUUUUAAUUUAGAAUUUUGAUUGCUUUAUUUAUAAAUGCAAAUUAGGACAAUAUAAACGACUAUGACAUUAGACGCGAAUUUAAACGCCGAUAUAUUUCGGAGUGUUAUUUUGAAUGGAGCUAAUCACUCAAAUAAAUAUUUCUUGCAUGAUUUAUUAGAAAUUAACGAUGACAAUACUGUCCUGCUGUGCUCAAACGACAUAGUUAGCAGAUUCCAAAAUGGUCUGCUCUCGCUCUAUAAAUCUCCAGAAGAUUUAUUGAAACAGAAUGUCCUUACUUCUCUGAAAGAAGAAGUAACAUCAAGUGCAGCUGCAUUUAUAAAUAGCAAUCUGAUUUUUGUUGCUGAAGACUCUGGUGUAAUGAAAUUGCACACUACAGACUCAUAUGAUGGCAAAAAUGGAAAACUACGAACUGUAUCUAAAACAUCAGCACAUCAAGAUAUUGUUAAUUCUGUUAUUAAACUAACAGGUUCAACUAACUGUGUCACAGCUGGAAAUGAUUUGGAAAUAAAAAUUUGGGAUACAGAUUACCUUCAAGAUAGGUUUGCAGCAAUACAUAGUUUUUAUCCAGCUCAUAGAGAUUUCAUUACUGAUUUGACAGUGAACGAUUGUGAAGUAAAUACUUUUGGCUCUUGUUCCAAUGAUCACAUAAGCUUCUUGUGGGAUUUGCGCAAAAGUACUCCAGCCACAGGUUUAUUCAAGAGUGAACAUGGCCUGAAAUGCAUAAAUUGGCAACCUGAAUCUAAUGUGGUUGCAUUGGGAGAUUGUGAUGGCACAAUAUUUUUGGUGGAUACCCGAUAUCCAGGAGCUGUAUUUAAAAAAAUUCCUUGCUUUACAGCAGAGCUUCAUAAGAUAGAAUUUUGUCCAUCAAACACAAAACUUCUAGCUGUUUGUGCUGAUGAUACAGCAGUUAAAGUAAUUGAUAUUGAAAAGGAUAAUCCCGAUUGCAUUAUUUAUGAAGAAAAUAGUCAUACCGGUUUAGUACGGGGUCUUGCUUGGAAUAGAGAGUCUCAGGAGUUGUAUACCUGUGGAUAUGAUAAUAAAUUAGUUUCGCAUUCUAUUGAGCUGUGA